CUCGAAAUCGAAAGGAUGCCCCGAAGUUUUUUCUGUUCCGAACGUCACACUUGUCGAGGGAAAGGGAAGACCUUCGCUGACUUCGAGUUUGCUGCCUGGUCUUCGUGAGGGACUUCUCGACGUCCUUUCUGCCGUUCUGGAUUGCGCCGGUGCCGGGCAUGACUUCGACCGUUUUCCCUAGCAAAUUUACCACGUCUCGCUGUCUUCAAAUAUCAUUGACCCCCGCUGUUCGUUCUUCGCCGUCAUGUCCACAAUGACCGGCUCUUCUCCAAAGUCAGCUGCCUCGUCUACACCUCUGAGGCUGGUCGCCGGCUCCGCAGUGCCUCGCGGCGAUGUGGCUGCAUGCAUUGCGGUGGGGCAUGCACUCAACAUCCCCGUCGUCCUUGUCUCCAAAGACGCCGACAAAGCGGAGCAAGCGGAGCCGAGUUCUUCAGCUCCUGCGCCGCCCCCGCAAGCGCCUGUCGCCUCCAGUGCUUCGGAAGAAGACAAAAAGGACCUCUGCGUUCUCCUCACCCGCGAAGGCUCUGUCGUAUCGGCCUACGCCAUCUGCCUCUAUCUCCUGUCUCUCGCGAGGAAGAGGCUGGCAGAGACGAAGACAGCUGCUCCAGAGAAGCGUCUGGAAAGCCGGGAGAAACUCUCCGAAGCAUACGACGGGGACGCCUGGCAAGCCGAAGACGCUCUUGCCUGGGCGGCCUUCAAACUCCGAGGCGCCCUCCGAGGAGUUCGAAAAGACCUUCUUCUUCAGCAGCUGAACCUCCUUGAAGAACGCAUAGCUGGCAGUUCAGACUGCGCGUUUCCUGCACUCUCGGCGCUUCUUUCGACGUCUGCGCCGUCGCCGUUUGUGGCGCCUGCGAUGUUUGUGUUCUGUAUGCUGCGUUAUGCUCACCCCACCAGUGCGUUUUCGGAUUGGCCGGCGCUGUCGGCUUUCCUCGGUUCCCUCGGCGCGUCGCCGGCGGCUGCGGCGACGUUGAAAGCAGUGCCUUUGCCUGCUCGCUCCCGCGGCUUCCCGGAGAUGAGUCAGGCGCUCCUGGCGUCUGCAGGCGCUUGCGCAGUCGCGCAACGCCAGCGAGAGAAGUUCUACAUAACCACGGCCAUCAACUACACGAACGGUCCGCCGCAUAUGGGUCAUGUGUAUGAAAUCGUGACUUCCGAUGCGUUGGCGCGCUUCCAUCGCAUUGCCGGAAGAGACGUUUUCUUCCUCACGGGGACCGACGAACAUGGGCAGAAGAUCGCGAACACAGCCGAGCGUCUGGGGAAGACCCCCCAGGAGAUUUGCGACUUCUACGCGGCAGGUUUUCAGGCGAUGAACGCGAAGCUGUGCGUCUCGAAUGACCAGUACAUCCGCACGACGCAGGCCGCCCACAAAGCUGUCUGUCAGUGGCUGUGGAAGCGCGUGCAGGAGCGGGGAGACAUCUACCUCGAUACAUACGUCGGGUGGUACAACGAACGCGAGGAGACGUUCGUCAGCGAGAGCGAGGCGCGGCUGACGGACUACAAAGAUCCGACUACCGGCAAGCCUCUGCAGAAGAUGGAGGAGCCGUCGUACUUCUUCCGGAUGAGCAAGUACCAGGCGCGACUGGUGAAGCACAUCAACGAGAACCCGGACUUCAUUCGGCCCGAAGAAAGAAGAAAAAACAUCCUUAAGCGUCUCGAGGAACCUCUCCUCGAUCUGUCCUGCAGUCGCACGACCUUCUCCUGGGGCGUCCCCGUCCCCGGAGACGAAAAACAUGUCAUGUACGUCUGGUUCGAUGCCUUGACCAACUACUACUCAGCAACGGUGAUGAAUGACGGAGCACGAGCGUCGUUUUGGCCGGCGGACGUACACAUCAUCGGGAAGGACAUUGUAUGGUUUCACACGGUGAUUUGGCCAUGCAUGCUGAUGGCGGCGGAUCUGCCGUUGCCGAAGUGCGUCUUUGGCCAUGGAUUCGUGACUGCGGCAGACGGGGAGAAGAUGUCCAAGAGUUUAGGAAAUGUGGUGGAUCCGAACGACAUUUUGCAGGCGCACGACGCCGACAGUUUCCGUUUCUACUUGGUGCGGGAGACAAAGUUCGGGAGCGACUUGCGAUUCGACGAAGACGCCUUGACCGCGACGACAAACGCGGAGCUGGCGGACACUUUGGGGAACCUGGUGCACCGCGCAACGUCGCUCUGUGUGAAGUUUUGCGAGGGGAAGGUACCGCCAGUUUCUCUGCCCGCGGAGGGGAAAGCUCCGUUCUCGAUUCCAGACACCGUCGGUGAGAUGGAGCGGUUGGUGGGCCAGUUUGGUCUGCGCGAGGCUCUCGAGGUAGCGAUGAAUGCCUGCAGAGAGGCGAACAAAUUCCUCACCGACUGGGCACCCUGGAGCCUCACCGAUUCGACUGAGAAGCAACGCGUCGUUCGCGGCGCGCUGGAGGCCGUCUUCGUGUUGGGUCACCUCCUCGAACCUUUCAUCCCCGUCACAGCCGAUCACAUCUUCAAGAAACUGAACACAGCGCCGAAGACGCUGGCGGACCUCAGUCCGUGGUUUGACAAUCUCGUUCCCGGAACGCCCGUGGAGGUCGGAGACAUUCUCUUCGCGAAGAAGAAAGUCGAGAAGGUGGCUGAAAUCUUUCUGCAAAAAUGCGAGCUGCGUGUCGGGUACGUUGUCUCAGCAGAGCCCCACCCUCACUGUCUGAAGGACCCAAAGAUGCCGCCGUUCGUCGUUCUCUCCGUCGCCUUCACCCUCGACGCGAGCGCCUCGCGCACGGCCGUCGUCCUACUCUCCGAGAGAGAGAAAAACGCCCCCGAAAAGCUGGUCGGAAAAGCCGUGGUGGUGCUGGCGAACGUGAAGCCGUUUACGGUCAAGGGCGUUCUCAGUCAGGUUCUCGUUCUCGCGGCAAAGACGGAUUCCAACGCCAUGGAGGCGACGCUGCUCACCGUUGCCGUCGACCCAGCGGCUGCGCCAGAACAGACAACUCCCCUCACGGGAUCGCUCAUUCAAGCGCCAGGAUUCCCACCCGCGCUGCGAGCCAGAGAAAACCUAAAAACCACGGAAAUGAAAGCUGCUGCCCUCUGCGCUGAGGCCAACCGAGCUGUCGCUCUCGACGGUGUCGGACCUCUGCAGGUCGUCGAUGCCUCGGGGCAUGUUCGGCAAGGCGUCAGCGUCGUUGUGGCUCCGGAGACCCCCUGCCAAGGGCGCCUUUCUCUCGCGCUUUAAGGAGAAAGGGGAGAUGUCAGGACGACAAGUCUCCGUCCGUGUGCUCCACCUUAUAUACACAGUGGAUGAGUCAAAUACCUAUUUCGACCUUCCUGCCAGGGUGCGUCUCGGCCUUUCUACGAUGCCAAGACUGGUAACGACAGCGGCGUCCUCGCAGGGGUGCGAGAGAGCUCGAAAGAGACCGAGGACUCUCGCGUGCGAGGCCCAGUCCCAGUCCGGUCGCCCUGGGAGAAGUCACCUCUGAGCCAGGAGUUUUUACAAGUUUUUGCACUGCGGCUCCUUCCGAGAAUGUGUGCACGUGGAGUAGAACCGAGGGGAACGGAGCGGGCGGACUUUGCGAGGGACGACUGCUGGGUGCCAGAAAGAAAAAGAAUGGGCAAACAGAGGCGAGUACACAGACAAGCUAGACUCCAGAGGAGAAACAGAAGAGUCUCUGAUAGCGUCCCCAUGGGGAUGAGACUCGAGGACACAAAGACGCAACUUGAGGCGGAAAGAUGGGUGAGGGAACUCGCAGUGGAGAGAGAUGACUGCGGGAGUAGAGGCGACGCAGAAGUGUAGAGACGACGAGGGGCAGAGACUGAAAGCGAGAACGUAUACGAGACAGGAACGAGGCGAUCGGACUGCUUGGAACUUUGGUCACCUCUCACGAAAUCUAUAAUGUGCGUACUGUUGCAUUUGUGUACCGGGGAAGAGCUUUUUGCUUCACCGCAUACCAUGGCCUGGGGCUGUAAGUAACGUUGGCUAGUGAAUGUGUCUUUGGUUUUCAAAUUGUGAUGCGGUUUUCGGCAAAACGUGGACUUCCUUGUGCGACGGCCGAGCAGGACCUUUGCACUCUGUGUGUGAAGUAAAACUCUUUAAGAAACAAAUCACGAUUCUAGAGUCGGAAACACAGAACUGCAAGUGGAGAAACACCUGCCGCUCCUCGAGCCUUCUUCGCGCACACCCAAGAGAGAGACUGCAUGCAAGACAAAGAAGAGUGUAUAAAUAUGUAGAGCCCCGUCCUCUCUGCUUUCGUUGCAU